UGACCCCCCCCAAAAGUAACAAAUAUUGCACCUGCUUCAAAUGGGUCUCUUUAUGAAGAAAAACGGGCCUCGCCCGGAGAAAGUACCCACAGACACAGUCGUUCCUGUGUCAUUCACGGACGACCAGCCACACGCUCGCGCGUUAUGCAUACAUCUGACCUCUCGAUUUGACGAUGUGCUCGAUACGGAGGCCCUUCGUCGGGCGCUGAACCGGCUCUUUCAGAUUAAAGGCUGGCGUAAAUUAGGGGCGCGUCUACGACUGAAUGAUGGCGGCAAGCUGGAAUAUCAUAUCCCAGCACAUUAUGAUGAAAAGCGGCCCGGGUUUGAUUAUACGGUCGCUCAGCAUGCCUUGGGAAUCAAUGACCACCACCUAGGUGCCCAGUUCCCCAAAGCUACAGUGCAACCUGCGUUGGUCGGCUGUCCGGAAGACAUAGCACCUGUGUGUCUGGGACCUGACUGUCCCAAGCAGAUAGAGGACUGGCUUUACUCGGAUAGACCGCAGCUCGCGAUCCACGUCGCGUCGUUCGACAACGCGACCCUACUAACAAUCACCUUCCUACACACGCUCACGGACGCGAUGGGCAUCGCCACCUUCCUAAAGGCAUGGACCGCCGUCCUCGAUGGCCGCGAAGUCGAUGUCCCGAUUUUCCAGGGCAUCGACGAGGCUCCAAUGGAGCAGCUGAGCGAGAGAACCCCAGCAGAACAGUACAUCAACUACAACCUCAUGCUCAAACCCCUUGGCCUGAUCAUCUUCGCUUUCUGGUACAUCCUCGACCUACUUUGGAACUGGCGCGAGGAAUUCCGCCUACUCUGCAUCCCAGGCCACAUCAUCGAUGAACUGAGAACCCAAGCCCUCCACGAACUCAACGAGCAAAACUCACAAGACCCACCCACCUUCCUCAGCGAAAGCGACUCCCUCCUUGCAUGGUGGACCCGAGCCCUAGUCAAGGGGAUAAACCCCUCCCCAGACCGGCCAAUAACACUAAUGAACGUCAUGGACAUCCGCGCAACAGCACUUGACGACCCCACCUCCCUCAAAACAGCCCUCGUAGCCAAUGCAGUCAUCCCCUCCACCACCUUCCUACGCGCCCACCAAAUCCUCCACCAACCCCUCAGCUUUGUAGCGUCCCACAUCCGGCGCUCGCUCGUCCAGCUGCGCACAAAGCCGCAGAUCGAGGCGUUCCUCUGCGCAUCGAGGGCUCACGCAGCCAAGACAGGCCAUCCGCCGCUUUUUAGCGAGUCCAGUGCCCUCCUUAUCGCCUGUACUAAUUGGCAUCGAGGCCGGUUCUUUGAGGCGGACUUUUCGGCGGCGGUUGUUAAGACGGGGGUUCCGCUUGCGGAACGGGUGAAUGGGCUUGGGAGACCGAGUUUUGUUAUUCCGAAUGGACAUACGAAUGGGAUCUCUAUGCGGAAUGGGGGGUCUAUUAUUGGGAAGGAUGCGGAGGGAAAUUGGUGGUUGGCAUGGACUUUGAAGAGACAGGCGUGGCUUGUUAUUGACGAGGAGUUGAGGGUCUUGGGUGGGAAAAAGGGGCAGUGAAUGUUGUACUUGGAUAUAGAAAUGUUGUAGAGCGUUUGUAGGAUAGACUGCAUAGGUGGU